UGAUAUCUUUCUGUAUAUUAACUAAUUAAGCAUUGACAUAAUUUUCAGCAGAUGACCGCUCGUAAAAAAAGAUUUAAUUGUGUUGGUUAUAUCAAUUACAAAUAUUUUUCCUGAUUGAAUAAGCGCGACGAAAGCUAAAACUAAAUAACUUCUUUCUAAAGUUACUGCAGCUCUUAGCAAAUUUUUUUACCUAAGGGUGGCCAAGUGGUUUAACCAAUUUGAAGGCUAUUUAGACAAUUUAAAUGCCUAACAUAAUUUGCCUUGUAGAAAUGAAAAUAUUAAAAAAAAAAUAAGGAGAUAAAAACAUUAGAAUAUUUGAUUUUUAAAAUCAUUUUUAUUUAUUAAAUCAUGAAAUAAUUAAACUGCCCUGUCCCACAAAAUUCUCGAAAACUUGCGAAAAAAUUAAAUACUAAAUAUUAUUAAUUCAUUGAAUGAAAUUAUGCCGAUCGAUCGAAAUUUAAAAUAACCUUUGCAAAAUAGCAAAACUAACUAAAAUAAUACAAAGGCUGUUCCAUUCUAUUCCAGCCAUCUUUGAAUGGAAUAAUUGCAAUCGUACCAAUCAAAAAUAAAAGUUUUUAACUUAAGAAAUUUACAUUUUUUUAGAAAAUUGCACUAGUUAGGUAAUGUAGUGACCUAAACACUUACAAAAAUUCAUCUUUUUAUCACUCUACUUAGGGCUCAGCUCAAUCACGAAAGCGACACAUCGAUUUUAAACUAUACACAAAAAAAUUAAUGCGGUUGCUAAUGAUUUUGUCAAAUUUCUUCACUCGGCGUGUUUUUUCCCAAAAUUGUUGUUGUAUCUUAAAGUAAAAACCAGCUCCAACACUUUUGAAUUUUUUUUUUAUGUUAUUGACUUUCUUAAAAUACAAACGGACCAAAAUUGAUAUUUUUUUGUGAAAAUGCUUUAAUAUUCCAUAACAUUGAUUAAUAACGCAAUUUAAACUACAAAAUUUGUUUUUUAUCAAUAAACUAGGUAUGGGGCAGAUAUCAGAUAUUACAGUUAGAUGAUAUCAUAUAUACAAACAGUUACUUAUAGUGAUAGCUGGAGCUUCCACCUGCAUGAAUUAAAACAGUUACGAGUUUAUCAAAUCAUUGCAUAGUCAGAACAACUAGUUCAACACAGGCGCUGACCCAGUCUGUUCGCUUUAGAAACAUGUUUGAAAUAUACGCGACGAUUGCUUGUGUUUUAAUUUUGACUGGGGGACUGAGUGCGACAUAUUUCGCCAAAUAUUUUAUUUACAAGAAAGAUAUUUUUUUGUGGACUGUAAUGCUGGAGAGUGCGAUGACAGUGUUGAUUGGACUGCUUUACAUAUAUGGCGCAAUACUUUGGUCAAACGAGGAACCUCAAAACUUUCAGGUUAUCAAUAAUAUUGACGACUUAGCAGUGGUUAACAACACACAUGACAACAGCAAUGAUGAACUAUUUAACGAGCUACAGCAACUUUUAACAGUUGAAGAUAUGCAUAUUUUCCCAAAUUUAUCAGACAUCGAUAAUAAAAUAGAAGAUACAAGAGAAAAUCAUAAUUUGAAUUAUGAUUUUUACCAAGGCAUACUAAAAUUUCUUAUAAAUCAAAAAAUGAAAAAUAAUUUAUUAACCAUAAGAAAAAGUAAGCAAAUCCAAAUGAUUGAAACCGAGAUGAGUCAAACAGAUGAAAUUGAAUGCUUUUACAUGAAAACAUUUCUUCAGCAUGCUCUAAUGCUGUAUUCCUUUGUACACUGUGUUAUGAUGCUUGUUAAUUAUAGUAUGUUUUACUACAGUUACAUUCCGGAGGCAACAUUGGAAGUUGGAACAAAGGCUGUAGAACCUUGUGAAGUGGUAAAGACUCCUGAACACACUGAUCAAUUAUUUCAAAAAAUUCAAGUAACAGAAAAUACAGAACCACCUGUUCACCUGUUUAAUGUCAAAAUGGAUACUGAAACUCAGAAAAAUGAUCAAAGGAACGUAGCCAAAUUGAUUAAAACACCUAGUAUUAAGAAACAACUUCUACAAAUGUUGGUUGAAAUCAUUUUUAUUGCAAUUCUCACUACACAACUUCAAAUGAGUACAAUUUUAGUGCCACAUUAGUCGAUACCAAUGAUCUUGAAAAGUUGGUACACAAUUUUAAUGAUGAUAAGAAACAGGAAAUGGACAACAUCGUAAAGAAAAUAUACAACUUAAUAGAAACAGCGAAAAAUUCAAUAAAUUCUAAUACUACAUAUAUAACAACUCUUAAAGAACAUUUUAGGUAUCGCAAUUUCACGCAACAGUAUAAUGAUGGUAUUCAAGGAAAUGUUUACCUACGAGUUUACAACUUCAUAGUGUUUAUCAUAGUGUAUGUUAUCGUUUUACUUUACAUGAACAAUUUACAAGCAAAAAUUGUUAAGAAUACUAAAAAACCUUUCUCAAAAUGUGUUAUGUUAUUUGCAAUAUUAUGGUUGCCCACAAUAAUAGAAAUGUUCUAUAGAACAUACAUAGUGAACAAAUCCCCAAACACUUUAUCCGGAUUGCUGUUAUUGCUUGCUAAUGGAAAUACAAUAACCCAAACAAUACAGAAAUACGCGCAAUGGACAGGAUACACAAAACAAAACUCAACGGUGGAGCCGCUUCACAAAUGAAUAUUUCCUUAUAUUACAGAA